AUGCCGUUCCCCUCACCCCUGAAUAUCAAGAUGCAACUGGAUCAGGUGAUUACCGGUCGAACAAAAAAAUCCACAUUAGCCGGAUUAAAAUUAUCUUCCGAUUCAGGCCUGGUAUUUCGAACACAGUUACAGGACAAAGAAUAUGUGUAUUUGAACGCGGCCGAAUUCGGUGAGGUGGAAGUGGUCAAAGAGUUGUUGAGUGACCCCAAAUUGGAUGCCAACUGUGUGGACUAUAUGGGCAGAAAUGCGCUUCUAUUGGCCAUCAAGAACGAACACAUUGAUUUGGUUGAUAUACUGGUAGGAAAUUUGAAUUUUUACGCCGUCGAAGAUGCCCUACUACAUGCCAUCAGCCAAGAGAAGAAUCAUUUGGUAAAACUCAUUGUUGAUCAUCCACAGUACAUUCGGCUGGAGAAACAGGCAAAAUUCAAGAAACACAGUAAACAAAAGAAAACAGAAUAUUAUGGGAAACGGUCACAAUUCUCGUCAGACAUUUCACCGUUGAUGUUGGCUGCGCACACAAAUAAUCACGAGAUUAUUCAGCUACUACUGGAUCGUGGAGUGAAGCUCGAAAUGCCACAUGAUCGGUCCUGUUCCUGUAUUGAGUGCGAAACUAUCCGUGCUGAGGUAAGUUGA